AUGGCCUCCCUAGCGAAUCCUUUAAGGGAGAAGUACAUUUCCCUGGCCAAGACGCUCCCGGCUCCGCUCCAGCGUUUCCUGGCCCGCUACCCGUCGGAUGCCAUGCUGCAUCCUCGCCAGAGGGGCCGGCCGCAGACGGGUUAUCAGCUCGACACGGCGAAUCCGUUCCAGUCACAGAGGCAUCCGGCGACAGGACUCCUCCACAACCCUGUGUACUCGCUGCGACGGCAGGCGAACCUGGUCAAGAUGGCACGCGAGCACGGUGUCGAGGAGCUUCUGCCGCAGACGAGCAAGAUGACCGAGGCUAGGCUGGCCAAGAGGGUCGAGUACGGCUGGAGGGGCAAGGGAACGGGUGUGGGACAGAAGGUCAAGGGACAUAUCCACGAGAGACAGUUGGCUGCCAAGAUGGACAAGAGGAGAGAGGCUAUGCUCAAGAUGCCAGCGCUCAUCAGAGAAUGGAAAGCGGUUGGUCGGAAGAACUGGACCAGGUGGCCCAAAUAA